AUGGGCAUUUUUUCGUGAGUUCCAGAAUUUUUCUUCGAAAAAAAAAUUAUAAAUUCAAUUUUUUAGGCUCAAAAAAUCUUGCGAGCCCCAAGAAAUCGCGUUGUUGAAAAAAUUGAGCCACGAAAAUGUUGUGCAAGUUUUGGAGUUUGUGCCGAAUUCGCCGCGCGUGAUUUUCGAAUUUUGUCCACACAAUUUGUAUUCGCACGGGAAAUUGUUGGAGAAUAUUUGCGGGAUUGCGAGAGAUUUGUUUAGAGGAUUGGAGUAUAUUCAUGAAAUGGGAAUUAUUCAUCGGGAUAUUAAGGUAGGGAGAGGUUUUGGGAAUUUGAAAAUUCACUUUGAAAUUUAAUUUUUAUCUUAAAAAAUGAGAUUUUAAAUUGCCACGUGUAAAAUUGAAAAAAAUUCGGAAAAUUCAUUUUUUUUUUUUAAAUUAAAUCUUUCUUUUUUUUCUGAUGAAAUUUUAAACUGCCACGUGGAAAUUCAUAAUAAAAUCUGAAUAUUUCAAUUUUUGAAAAAACGAAAUUCAAUUCUGAGCUUCCACGUGGCAAAUAAUCAAAUUAAAAAAAAUUGAUUUUUUUUUUUGGAAAAUGAAAUUCCAAGCUCCCACGUGGAAAAUUUAAUCCUACUUUAAAAAUCAAUUUUUUUGGGAAAACUAAUGAAAUUCAAUUCUGAGCUGCCGCAUGGCAAAUAAUCAUAUUUUAAAAAAAUUGAUUUUUUCUGAAAAUGAAAGUACUAAGUUGCCACGUGUAAAAAAUUGAAAAUUCAAUUUUUUCUUUGAAAAAUAAACUUCACAGUGAAAUUUAAUUCUAAAUUGCCACGUGGAAAUGUUUUUAUUCCAAAAUCCUGCGUUAAAAAUUUGUUUUUCUAAUUUUCUGAAAAUAUCAUUUUUAAAUUGCCACGUGGAAAAAAGUUUUGAAAAUUCAUUUUUUGUUGUUUUUUCGCCACGUGGCAUAUGAAAACAGUUCAAAAAUUGUUAUUCUCUGAAAAUAACAUUUCAAAUUGCCACGUUUUUCAAAAAAUUCAAUUUUACAAUAAAAUUCUAAACUGCCACGUGGAAAUUGAAAAUUUAUUUUUUUUUAAUGCAAGUUUUUUGCCUGAAAAUGCAAUUCCACAAUGAAAUUCAAUUCUAAAUUUCCCCCCUUUUCCAGCCCGAAAACCUAUUGCUCACCUCAAACGGCUCUCUAAAAAUCGCAGAUUUCGGAAUUUCUCGACACGAGAAUCCCGAAAUGACACCCCACAAAUGCACAUUAUGGUAUCGAUCGAUUGAAAUGCUGCUAGGUGCCACGAAUUACACAAAAACUAUUGAUUUAUGGGCGGCCGGAUGUGUUUUGGCUGAAAUUGUUCGUGGCGAACCGAUUUUUAAGGGAACAUCCGAAAUUGAUAUGGUUUGUGGUUGUGUUUUUCGAUUUUUUUUUGAAGGAAUUCUGAAAUUUUUCAGCUCAAUAAAAUCAUAUCAAUUCUGGGAACUCCAAAUUUCACAAAUUGGCCUGAAUUAGACAAUCUUCCAACUAUGCAAUACAUCGAUUUGCGCGAACAACCCAACAAUUAUUUGUCUGAAAAUAUCCCGACUGAAAAUCUCGAUUUACUCGAUCUCAUUCAACUACUUUUGACACAUAAUCCCAAACUUCGAAUAACUGCCAAAAAGGCAUUGUGUCAUCGAUUUUUUGAAAAUGCGGGUGGAAAAUGA